CUCCGCAUGACAUGAGUUUCGAGGAUUUAUAACGAGCUUGGUAGUUUUUCGUUUUCUGCUCUAUGCCAUGCACACCUUACCAGGUGAAGCACGUUUGGGUGACUUGAUUGUUUUUUAUGGAUCUUUUACUCUUAACAGCUGCAUAAUAAAGCCAGCUAUAUAGCGAAAAAGAUUGUGCCAUAUCAUACAUUUUGCCCUGGUAAAUGGCUACACAGCUUCAUCAGUUGAAACGAUGCUACUGCGGUAAAGAGUGUAAUGUUGAGUAGCACACGCAUUGCGUAAAUUGUGGCAAACGUAGAACAUCAAAAGAUAUGACGAUGAAAUCAACCCGCAGCGGAUGCCAACACGAAAUCAGCGUAUCCACAGAAGACAAGGAGACAGGUGGUGGGAGCAACAGCAAUACCAGUAGUAGCAGCAAUGGAAAAGAGAGAAUGACAACGGCAGCAAGGAACAUCCGCUUGAUCAAUAUCUUGUCCUCUGAUAUUUGGUUGUUAAUCCUUCAUUAUCUCUCAAGUCGCGAACUUUUACGUUGCGCUAUCACCUGUACAACUUGGUGUGAACUUCUUCUCCAGUAGCCACAUUUCUGGAAAACUUGGACACUGAACUGAAGCUGAGCGUAAAACAUCACCAACAUGUCGCACGUAUCCUUCGACACCAGGAAACUGUCCAUUUAAUUGAUGUGCCGGCCGUGCCACUGUUCGCGCGAGAAUACUGGAGUUUACUCGUUGAUAUGCGACAACAUGACACGUCUAUAAUUGAAUUCGACGAGAUGGAAUUUGGUGAUUCAAGUGGCCUGGAACCAGUGCUCAAGGCAGCAAAUACAAACUUGGAGAAGCUGAUUGUCAAAACUGCGAUAACGUCCCCGUAUAUAACCUUUUGAUGGACGAUUGGCUCGAACCGUGCACAAAUCUAAAGCAGCCAAGUCUCCCACGCAGUUGGCCGUGGCCAGAAAGCAGCAAGAAUCAAACAUCGACAAUACCACCUAGAUUAGCACAGGAAAAAAAAUGUGCGAUCAUUUCAGCUCUUGUCGCUGCUCCAUUUACAUGUCUCGGUCAGUCCAGAGCUAGCUUACCUGGUGCCGUAUAUGUUACGCCGUUGCCCUAAUUUGGAAUCCCUUGCGCUCGAUCCCGAAGAUACGGUUGACGACCACGGCAAAAUCUUAAACGUUGCUCUUGAAUCCUGUCCUAACCUACAAUGGGUUGCCUUGGCCCCAUGUUGUGCAUCGGCUCGAACACCAUUUUUUAAUGAAGCUCUGGACAACGAAGACUACUCAGAAGAUGGCUUGUACGGAUUGUUUUUCUGUGGCAAAUACCUCCUUCUCAAGGAUCCAAAUGACAUUUAUCCGCUGCUGAAAAAAGAGCCACGCAACGCUUCGUGUUCUACAUAUGGUUUACGAGGGUUCAGCAAUGUUCUGGCAUACCUUGCACUAUCUUGGACAGCUCGGCGUGCCAAAGUUGAAGGAACUGUCGCUCAAUACGUUGGAUGGCGCCGGUUUUCAUACAAGUCGUUGCAAUACCACAUUUAACUAUUGCAACAACAACUCAUAAGAUGGCAAUAAUGCUGGUGACGGCAAAAACACUUUGUCGUUCAAACAAGUAAUUACACAGCUUAUCAAACGAGCACCAGCGCUUCAAAACGUUCAUCUUGACUGUGCAGGAGGCAAUUUACCACCAGAGCUCAGAGUCACUGAAGCAAUCUUUACCGAGUUAGGGAGGCGACAGCAUCAAUCCAAGCUUAAACGUCUUUUUGCCACCCAUUGUUGCGAGCUGGGUUCUCUUGGCAGAAUCUGUCGUACACCCAGUACUCGUCUAGAGCAACUUUCAUGCGAUUGUGGCGCUUUGAACGGCAAAGAUCUUCGUCAUUUGUUGAAAAAGGCACAGGCGCUUUGGGCUCUCGAGACACUUCAUAUGUCUCCAAGUCAGCUAUACGAUCCAGAUUAUGAUCGCUUACGGAGAACGGUUCGUCUACGAUGCUUUUCCGACAAUGAAGAGACGCGUGAUUGCGACUGUAGGGAGCAAAGAUUUUUUUCUCCCCAAGACAGAGGAUUCAUAAAAGAAAUACUUGCUAUGCGGAAAUAGCAGCUACAAAAUGGAUUACUUAAAUUGGCAAAUACUGUACCGUCUGCAUGUACAUCCCUAGUUCUCACCGUUACUGUGUAGCUUGAGUUUAUCAUAUCUGUCACUGAUUUAUACAAAAAAAUUGUUUAUCGGGAUGUCUAUUUAGUUAUGUCAGAGUUAGAGCCAGUCAAAUCUUGUACGCA